CCGCAAAGCUUUGUCCAUCCCCACAAUCUCCUCCCGCAACCUCAGCAACUCCAAUUGACGCCUGUUGAUGAGGCACUAUGACAGACGUCGCAACAGCCGGUUCUUUGGAUGACAGUGCUCAAUUUGCUUGCCAAGAGUCGACGGAGAACCGGUCGCAGCCGCCGAGAGAAUGGAAAUGCGACACAUGCCACCAGGCGUUUAGGAAAAAAGACCACCUCAGUCGCCAUAUUCGGUCGCACACCAAGGAGAAGCCGUUUGCAUGUAAAGUCUGCUCCAAGUCUUAUGGGAGACAGUGAGUGGCAAUGGGAUAGGUACGGUGCUUGGUAUUUACUGACGCCCUGCAGGGACUCGUUAAUUCGCCAUGCGAGGAAGCAUUCUGCCAGGGCUAAUCGAGACGCAAACACUUUUCCCUUGAGCAACGAAGAAAAUGCAAACCAUGUGUCUAUUGGACCUGGCCCAGACCAUCAUCAAUCGAGUCUGCCUGCAACAUUUGGAUCAGGCUUCUAUGACUCGGCAAAUGGGGCUUUUCAAAAUCGAUUAAAUCACACAGAUCCGAAUGGGACCGCCUUUGGGCCACUCUCCGAUGUGAGUGGUCCGGUGCCCGACAGCGUGGCCAAUGUUAGCUCAGUGAACUUAGGAUCUGGAACGGAUGAAACCUUUUGGAUGCUCUCCAGUGACCUUUAUCAGACACUUCAGGGCUUCUCUAUCCCCCCGAACCUCCCACAUGACUCGGAACUGUCCUUGGGAGCGUCCAAUCCCGGCCAGACCCUCGGGACGAUUGAGCUGGGUCGUACGCCAUCAGAGGCUCCAGUUCGCGCGGAGGUUUGGAAGUCAGUGCGUGCCAGAUGGCAUACCAGACGGGCCUCAGACUCUCCGCCGCAGGCACAGCCGAUUGGAAGCCAAAAUCAAGACCAAGUUGAUGAGAUGUAUCGUGCUGGUCUCUCGCACCGGUUGCAUCCAAGCCCACACAACAGCACCCUUCCAUCCGCUGACUUCCUCAAUCUCUGCAUCAAGCUUUACUUCUCAAAAUUUCAUCCUAUAUUUCCCAUUAUUCAUGUCUCGUCGUUUCGCCCCUCUUCAGAAAACUCACUCCUGCUCUUAUCCAUAUGCUCCAUAGGAGCUUUGUUCAUCGGCCUUGAGAGUGCUAAAGCCUGCGGUCGUGCCAUAUUUCGGGGGUUAAAUAAAGCACUUCUAACAUCAUGGGAAACCUAUCUCUUUCAAGGUAGUCGCGAGACGCUUGCUAUCGCUCAAGCCAUCACUUUAGGACAGACCUUCGGCAUACUGUCCGGGAACCCAAAUGACCUAUUCCUUGUCGAGAGCUUCCAUGGAACUCUUAUUGCAUGGUCACGACAUGCUGGCAUCUUCCGUGUCAAGAGCGCAUUGGACAUAGUGGACACUGAGACCUCAGAUGUAGAGUCUAGCUGGAGAUCUUGGAUUCAGGCUGAAGAGUCCGCCCGCGUGCUGCUAGCACUACACAUCCAGGACGCCAAAAUCUCUGCGAUUUUCCAUCACGAACCACUACUCAGACAUGAACCAGAGAGGCUACCACGAUGCUGCCCAGAGGAACUAUUCGGAGAACCCACAGCGGCCAGGUGGCAUGAGAAGCUCAUGUCCUCCAAACCGGCGACUUCGCGACAUACACAACAUUCAAAUGAUACAGAGCAUGUCUCUGCACCAGUUAGCUCAGUCACCUCGCCACCUUUGAUGAACUCAUACGCUUCCCUAGCAGGAAUAUAUGCCUCCAUCAGCGAAGCACGGGCCUCAUCACUCAGUGACGAGACGGCCUGUAAUCUCCAGCGCUCGCUCAUGCUCUGGGCAGAUCUGUGGUACGCCAGCACCAAAGAACUAGAAGACUCUUGUUGUCUGAUGGUUCUUUGGAACGAGGCCUUCAUGUUCCUCUACGCCGACUUUGACCUCCUGGAGCGCGUCAUUGGCCGCGAAGGAACGUCCAGGCAAGAGGAAGAUAUCGAUGCUGCUCGCAAGUGGACAACGAGCUUUGAUGGUAAGCGAUGCGCGGCUCACGCAGUGCUGGUCCUGAAGCAUCUAGAGUUGAUGCCCGUGGGCUCAGAGCCUGCCAUUCACGCCCCCUUGGCAGCCUUCCACGCAGGCAUCGUUGUAUAUGUGCAUACCCUACUAGUGGGACCUGAGUCGCGGCCAAUCGAAUUCGACAUUCCGGAGCUACCUGUCCGGUUCUCAGCGCUGAGGCGUACCUUGGGUAGUCGCACGAUUUCGCAGGGUUACAAGAUCGAUGCCACGACACUGAGUGCUUUGACAGACCUGCUGCGACGGCAGGGUCACUGGGAGAUUUCUCGCAAGUUUGCGUCCAUCUUGGAGGUCUUGCUUGAGGACAUCACCGACUCAGGUGAGCGCGUAUGCCGAGGCCAGCAAGGCACCUCGAUAUUGUAACAUUAAGAAAUUUAAUACCUCAGCCAUGUGUACCGACUCGGCAUUGAUCAUAUUUAACAGGUUCACAGCAUGCGUCAAGUACUGAAGUACGGCAUAGAAUAUGAGAGCAUAUAUUUU